CCCUCGUCACAGACUAUAACAGAACACAUCAGAGGAGAAGCUAGAACACACAGGAGAUUGUCCCAUCGAUCAAUGGAGGCUAGCGCCAAGAAGGUCAUGCUGAGGGACGAGAUCACGGAUGCCACCGCGGCCGCAUUCGCCGGCUCCACCGUCAUCCCCGACAGGUACGUUUGGCCCGACGAGACCGCCGGGCGGGGCAGCACUGUCGUCGGAGACGAAGAGAGCCUCAAGCUUAUCCCCGUCCUAGACAUGGCCAGCCUGCUGGAUGGGUCACCAGAGGAGAUCGCCAAGCUUGGCGCUGCAUGCCGGGACUGGGGUUUCUUCCAGCUAAGAAACCAUGGCGUCGACGAGACGGUUGUGGAGCGUGUGAAGGAUAGCACCCGAGAGUUCUUCAGGUUGCCUCUAGAGAAGAAGAAAGCAGUGGGGAUCGUCAAGGCGGAAGAUGGCUUCCAAGGGUUUGGUCACCACUUCAACACGUCCACGGGUAAACUGGACUGGGCAGAGAGUCUGCUCCUCGGAACGCAGCCAAUGGGACACAGAAACAUGGACCUGUGGCCUACUGAGCUGCCAACAUUUAGGGAUGGAGUUGAGAAGUACUCCCUAGAGAUGACCAAGUUGAAAAGCCUUCUCAUGGCGUCCAUGGCCAUUGACCUUGGGAUCAAACCAGAGACGCUCCUCGAAACGGUCCAGGGUAAGAUCCAGAACAUCGUGUUCCACCACUACCCUCCGUGCCGGCACAACGCCGAUAAGGUGAUCGGCAUCCCACCGCACACGGACGGCCUCUUUUUGACGAUAGUCCUGGAGGUGGACGCCACGCCUGGCUUACAGGUUAGCAAUGGCGGCAGGUGGUUCCCUGUGCGGCCAUUGCCGGGGUCCCUAACCGUCUUCGUCGGUGACAUCCUCGAGGUCCUCACCAACGGCAGGUACAAGAGUGUCGAACACAGGGUGCUCGUCGAUGCCGAGAGAGACCGAACCACCAUCGCCACAUUCCAAGAUGCAUGCGUCGCCGGGAUGGUGAAACCGCUCCCCGAGCUUGCGGAGGUGGCACGGUACAUUUCUAUUGAGAAACACGACUACGUGCAUCGCCAGUUUCAGGCACUGACUGAAAGGGCAAACAUUGUCGAUAGCCUCAAGAUAUAGCCGCAAGCCCUCCAUUGCCUAUGAGAGGCUAUGUGAAAUUCAUGCCGGGCCAAAGAGCCACGAACGAAGACAAGGUUGCAAAUGUAUGCGUCUAUUUUGCUUGCAUGUUUAGUUCUUCUGAUUUCAGUUGUGUACCGAAGAUUGUUGUUUGUGCAUGUUUGUACUGUUGAUUUCUAUUUUUUGUUCUUUCCUUUUGUAAUAUCUAGCCGUAUACAUCGACAUCUCUCGAUGUCGUGUCUUUGUUCAGGCCAGGCGUAUUCUGUACCAUCUUCGAAGCAAUAUAUUGCAGGGACUAUUUCAAA